UGACUUAAUUUGACUUUUGUACCCAAACGCCAGAAAUAAGACCAAAAGAAAGCAUCCUCUAAAUAGUUUGAAUGAUAGGCGGCUUUGAUGCUCUUUGAUUAUCCCAAUUCACGAAUUGUUUUCAUCUCUUCAACUCUCAGACAUGGAUACUGAAUCAGUAAUGGAGUUCUUGGGAUGCGUGCCGUUGCUUCAAAGACUCCCUGGCUCAUCUCUGCGCAAAAUUGCUCAGCUCGUUAUCUUUAAGCAUUUUGAUCAGGGAGACUAUAUUGUUCGAGAAGGGGAUGCACUGGAUGGAACCUACUUUAUAUGGGAUGGGGAAGCAGAAGUUUCCUCAGUGCAGGAAGAUGAUGAAAGCCGCCCGGAGUUCCAGUUGAAAAAAUAUGAUUAUUUUGGUCAAGGUUUGGAAGCAUCCGUGCAUCAUGCAGAUGUUGUUGCAUUAAAUAAGCUGAUUUGCUUGGUGCUGCCUCACGUGCAUUCAAAUCUGCUGCAGCCAAAUUCCAUCUGGAAUGCAGAUUACUCCUCUGAAGCAUGCUCUCUUGUGGAGCAGAUACUUCACUUGAAACCUAUAGAAGUGAACAUUUUUCAGGGUAUCACAUUGCCAGAUGCUCCAAAGUUUGGAAAAGUUUUUGGAGGACAGUUCAUCGGACAGGCACUGGCUGCAGCAUCUAAAACUGUUGAUUGCCUUAAGAUUGUUCAUAGUAUGCAUGCUUACUUUCUACUUGUCGGGGAUAUAGACAGUAAGAUUUCUGCUCAAGUGGAUUGGACCAACUAUUCCGUUCCAAUCAUCUAUUAUGUUGAUCGUGUCCGUGACGGAAAAAGUUUUGCUACGCGAAGGGUAGAUGCAAUACAAAAGGGGAAUGUUGUGUUUUCGUUACUUGCGUCAUUUCAGAAAGAAGAGGAAGGGUUUGAUCACCAGUAUGCAGUGAUGCCUUCUGUGCCUGAUCCAGAAACACUUUUAUCAAUGGAAGAGUUGCGGGAGAGAAGAUUAACAGAUGCUCGUCUAUCCAGGACGUACCGAAAUAAAAUUGCUACUCAGAAGUUUGUCCCAUAUCCAGUUGAUAUCAGGUUUUGUGAUCCUAAUACUUCGACGAAUCAGACUAAGUCUCCUCCAAGUCAGCGUUACUGGUUUAGAGCGAAGGGAAAAGUUUCGGAUGACCAAGCUCUGCACAGAUGUAUAGCUGCGUUUACUUCGGAUCUGUCAUUUGUGGGAAUAAGUAUGAAUCCACAUCGUGCAAAGGGUUUGAAACUAUCAGCUUUUAGUUUAGAUCACGCAAUGUGGUUUCACAGGCCCUUCAGAGCUGAUGACUGGACAUUAUUUGUGAUAGAAAGUCCUGCGGCUUACAAUGCACGUGGCUUUGUUACAGGACAGAUGUUUAAUAGAAAAGGAGAGCUGCUUGUAACAAUAACACAGGAAGGGGUAAUUAGAAAGACGAAGACCCCAGAUGUUGCAGCUGUGUCGAAAUUGUGAUGUCACACACUUAAGUAUACAAAGGAGAUAUACCACUGAGUCCAAGCUUGACGAAUUGUGAUGUAUAUACUCAAGUAUUUGUGUUACAUUUUUAAAACCCAUAUUUGCAGAUCCAUAUUUUUUUAAAAACCCUUAUUCAUAUCCUUUUGCAAGAACAUUUUUAUCUUGAUCCA